AUGGCAAUCUCAGCGGCUAGAUUGAUUAGUGAUGUUGCACCAGCAUCACGAGGCAAGUACGAUGUGUUCCUGAAUUUCAGAGGAAAAGACACUCGUUAUGGAUUCACAGACUUCCUUUAUCACCACAUGAAAGAAGUCGGAGUCCACGUGUUUAGGGAUGAAGAAGAACUCUCCAUGGGUGAAGUGAUUGGCGAGGAACUUCAACAAGCUAUCAAAAAUGCCGUCAUCUACAUACCUAUUUUCUCUCAAACUUAUGCUUCUAGCAAAUGGUGCCUCCGCGAGCUGGCUCUCAUGGUAGAUAAUGUGUCUAAGUCGAAGAAAAAACGUAUUUUUCCCAUUUUUUUGCACGUGGAACCUGAUGAUGUUAAACUUAAGAAACCACUCUAUGAAGCUGAUUUCAAGAAACAUGAGGAGGACUUUCGUAAUGAAGUCGAGACAUGGAAAGGAGCUCUUAGGAAGGUAGAUGAACUCAAGGGAUGGGUUGUGAAAAAGGACGAAAGGUGCUUAAUGGAUUAUGUUGCAUCUGUCUACAUUAUCUCGGAUCAUGAUUCUCCUAUUACGAAGUACUUCAAUAUUGUUAUUGAUGUGCUUCAAUCUUUUCAAGUUAAGAUUCUGACAAACCCAUGGGUGAUGCAUGGCCAAGCAAAUAUUGUCAAAUUGGUUGUUGAAAAGGUUUUGGCGGAGCUGAGGAUAAAACAAAAAUCAGUGCCUGAACAUUUGGUUGGAUACGAUGGUCAGGUAAAUGACUUGAUGGAAUUAUUAGAUGUCAAACAAUUUGAUGUGCGGCUCAUUGAAAUUUACGGAAUGGGCGGUAUGGGUAAAACAACUAUUGCCAAGGUUGUCUUCAAUAAACUAUGUUCCCACUUUGGAAAGUAUUGUAGCUUCCUUGAGGACGUUCAAGAAAGGUCUACCAAGAAGGGCAUAGUCCACUUGCAGAAGAAAUUACUAUCUGACAUUGGUGGUUCUGGAUCUAUAGAGAAAAUUAGUGAUAGUGAAGAAGGAAUGAGGAGGAUUGGAAUGGCACUUAGCAAUAAUAAGGUCCUUGUGGUUCUAGAUGAUGUUGAUGAGAAAGUGCCUAUUAAGUAUCUUAUAGGAAAUUCCAAUUUACAUAAAGGAUCUAGGAUAAUCAUUACAACAAGAGAUAGAGAUAUUCUUGGAAUUGGGGAAUUCAGAGAUAUUCUACAAGUUGGGGGAUUCAAAAAUAAUGUUAAAAAAUACGAGAUGCAAAAGAUGGAUAAUGCUCUUGCACUUCAGCUUUUUUGUCGGCAUGCCUUUGAUGGAGACUUUCCUUCGAAUGAUUAUCGUGAACGUUCACGUGAAAUUGUAUCACUUAUGGAAGGGCUUCCUUUGGCAAUUGAACUGGUAGGUUCAUUACUUAAGGGGAGAAAUGAAGAUUUUUGGAAUAAUAUGUUGGUCAAGUUAAGGGAAGAACCUAUGAAAAAGAUUCUAGAUAAGUUGAAAAUUAGCUAUGAUGACCUAGAAAAUGAUCAAAAACAAAUUUUUCUCGAUAUAGCAUGCUUCCUUUUCAAUGAGAAGAAGACUGAUGCAACUUACAUAUGGGACGAUUUUUUUCCUGCAAUAGGAAUUGAUGUUCUUACCAAGAGGUGCUUGGUAAAAAUAUUGGAUAACAAUAAGUUUUGGAUGCAUAAACAACUAAUAAAGUUGGGAAAACAUAUUGUCCGUCAAGAAAGUCCAACCAACCCAGGAGAGCGGAGUAGGUCGUGGGUUGCAGAUGAGGCCCUCAGAAUCAUAAGAAGCCAACAGAGGAAGGACAAGGUUCAAGGGAUUAGCAUAGAUGGACUGAAUUACUCCAUAGAGAUUAAAAAUGAAGAGUUUGAAAGCUUCAAGGAUGAUGCAAAAGCAUGGGACAUAAUCAAGAUGGCAUGGAAUUUGAAAGUUCUAUCUCUUACUCAAUGUGGUGGGAUAACAACAAUCCCGGACCUCUCUAAAUGCUCGAGUUUAAAGAGGUUGACUCUUGCACAUUGCGACAGGCUCAAGAGAAUUGAUAACUUCAUUACAAAUCUAAAAUCAUUGAUUGAGUUAGAGAUUGAAUGCUUCAAGUGGGCAGAUUUAUUUCCCUCCAGCUUGAUAUUGAGAAAUUUGAUGACUUUAGAGUUCUAUUAUGUUGAAAUGGAAGACAUUCCACUCGAUAGACUUCCAGGAUUGGAGAGCUUGACUGUUGACGGUUGUGAACUGCUUAAGAGAUUAACCUUUUCUUCGGAGAACCUACGGCAUGCUCACGUGUCAUCUUGUCCAGAUCUAGUUGAUAUAUCUUUUUCUCUUUUGGAAAAAUUGGAGUCCUUCUUCGUUUUCGGGUGCAGAUCUCUGGGAACAAUAAAUCAGUUAGGUUGCGUGAAAAACCUGGAGAAAUUGGAAAUCCAACAGUGUAAUGGACUUACGGAUGUUUGGGGCCUAGAGCAUCUAGAGUCUUUGAAGUCGUUGGAGGUCACACAGUGCCCGUCAUUGAGAAGGUUGAUUGAUGCCUUCUCCCCAAAUAUGCCAAAUGAUUGCCUCGUCAAAAUUCAAGCGUGUGGAGAUUUUUUCAAAGAUUCUACUCCGAGUGACCCACUCGGGAUGCCUUUGUUGCGUUAUGUACAGGAGAUUAUUCUGGAUUCAUCAAACUUUGAAUCCAAGUCAGACAAGAUGGAACUUUCCUUCACAAUCAGAUUCCACCUUGGAGUAAAGGAGUCCAGCGAGCAGCUUGAGUUUGUUGGUGGAAUUACGGAGGAAAACAAAGAUGUCACCCCUGAUUCAGUGACAUAUAAAGGAUUGAUUGCUAACGUGAAAGGAUUCGGCUUUUGCUUGAAGAGAAUGUGGUACAAGACUCCUGGUGAAUUCAACAAUUUGCUCAUAGAGAUCAAGAGUGAUGAGCAAGUGAAGGGAAUGGUGCAACUAGCAUGUAAACAAGGAUUGAUUCAUUUGUACGUUGAGGGAGGGGUUGACAGUGAGGGAGAAUAUAAUGACCGGAUUAGGGAAAUGUUUGGAGAGGAAUGGAGAACGAACACUGAUGUGUAUCCCCAUGAGGGUGGGGCUGAGUGA